AUGUUUAAUCAUAAAUCAAAAAGACCGUCGUUAUUGUACAUUGAAUGCAAAUCAAGAGAUCUAUCGAGAAGGAACUCACGAUUGAGUGAUAUUUUUGAUGAUACUAUUAAUAAAUAGAAUAUCCAAUAAUAAUAGAGAUAAUUGUCAACCACAAGCAAAAAGCCUGCUAGUCCCUCUUUGAAUACCAUGUAUAGACAGGCCAUAUCUGAUUAAUAAGUCUUAUAGGAUCAGACUCAAAUGCUGAUUGAAGAUUUGAAUGGGAAAUUGUUACAGAGGGCAGAAUUCAUUGGGUAGAUUGAGGAAUUAGAGGAAUUAAUAGAUUAUCAUAAGAAACACAGUUGUUUUGAAAUAGCUUUUGUAAUUCGAAUUGAAAAGUUAGAAAUUCUUAUUCAACAAUAAUAAAAAUACUCCAGAAAUGCAACCGAAUUAUUAAGAUAAAAAGAACUCUAUUAUGAUGAGUUGAAUAAAAUAGUUUAUUAAGAGGCUCUCAAUGCCUUAGGAAUGUACUUGAAACAAUGGGGACAACAGUUUGAUCUCAUUCAAAAUAAUUAUGGACCUGAAACAUAUCAAUAAUUGGUAGCUGAAAAAGAGUAGGAAUUUAUUUAAAACAUGACAAUUUUAUAUGAUAAAAAAAUAAGAGGAAUUACAUAAUUAUUCAGAAAUUAUCAAUACAUUGAUAAAUCAAUUAAAAGUAACGUUGAAUUUGUAGAUACCAAUCUCAAUCAAGAAUUGUAUAAUGUAAAGUAGGCAAUCAAGCAAAAUUAGGAAUUGAUUUAGAAAAUACUAAGAAUUCAUUUGGAAGAAGGUAUAUCAUCAAAUCUAAAUGAGAAGAUGCAAACCUUAGAAUUAAAGAACAUUAGAUUGGCAUAAAAAUUAAAUGAAAUUGCCAGGAAUUAAACAUCUACACAAGAGAAAAUUAAAACUAAGAAAGAAACUGAAGAACUUUAUCACGGCAAUCUGACUGGCUUUGAUGAUAUAUCAUAUAUUGAUUUUGACGAACUCCAAAAUGAGAGGUCUAAUUCCUAAUAGAAAUUAAGAGAUUUUAAAGGAUAACAUAAUAAUAGUUAAACCUAAAGUUUUUUCAAUUAUCAUGGAAGUCAAGAAACUUAAUCCAAGUUGAAUUAGUUUCAAUAAACAUAUUAAUCUAAAAAUUUUGAAAUGGAAACCAAAUACUCUGAAGGAUAAUGCACUUCUGAGGAUUCAACAUUGCAACACUUUCAAGAGUUAAAUUUGGCCUUAAUUCAGUCAGGUAAAUCUCUUGAUGGCCACACAAUGAAGUUUCAACCAUAAUAAUCAUUAACCAUUUAAGAUAAUUUAUCACCAUAGUAAAAUAUAUUUUUACGGUUGCAAACCAUAACUGAAGAAUAACUAAGUUCUAAAAGAAACAGAUAAAAGAUGGAUCAGAAACAAAAGAUCGACCCAAGUCCUGUGAACAUAGAUCUUAAGAAUAUUUUAAAUUUAAAAACAAUUAAAUAAAUAGACAAUUCUACUAUCCCGUUAACAGACUAAACUAAAAGAUUUUCAAAUAAUGAAGUAUAAUCUAUGGAUUAGUUCAAAAAUUAGAUUGAAAUAAAUUAGAAAUACAAAAAGAUGCCAUCUUCAAAUGGGUCAUUAUUUUUCAGUAAUCAAGUUUCAAUACCCUCAUCAACUUAAAAAAAUAAAAAUGAAUAGUUUUUUAAAUCAAAAGAUUCUUUGUCAGAAAAGUUAUCUAAGCAAAAAAAGUCCAAAUCUUUUGAUUCAACAUCCAAUAAAGAACAAUUAAAAUCAUUCAUUGCAAAUUCAUCAACUAAUAAUGGACAAACAAAAGAAAUUUAAAAAGUUUAGAAUACUAUAAAUUAAUUAACACCAAUUGAAUAGGAAAUUCUGAAAAUACUUAAACCAUUAUAAAAAGGGUAGUAGAUUUACAAAAGAUUCUCAACUACCAAACCGAACUUAACUAAAUAAGAAUUUGAUCCAUUUACUUGCUCAAAUCCUGCUAAUUGUGGGUUCUGUCCAAGAAUCAUCUGUCUAUCCAAAAACCUAGAUAGUAUUGAAUUUAAGAAUUAGAUGAGAUAAGUUGAUGCUACAAUAAAGUUAGAGGAAAUUAUGAGAGCAAUGAUUCCAAGCACUAUCCAAUAAUCAAUUUCAAUAAAGAAACAAAUUUAAUGCAAAUACAUUUUGAGUAAAUAGGAAAGCGCUGUUUGUAAGAUUUUGUUUUGGCCUAUGUCUCUUAUAACUUAAAAUGAUGGGCGGAUUGAAUUACUCUUUAGUAACGAGUAAGUCUUAGAAUAAUGGUAGGCAAACCUACUCUUUCUAAAAGAUAAUAUAAAAACUCUUCAAUCCAUCAAUAAAAAAUUAAAUUAAUGA